AUGUGUCAGUUAUGGAUAUUGUUCUUACUUAUCAUUUUACGAAUAAAUGGCGGAAAUACGACCAAUUCGAACUUAUCACAAAUGCGCAUUUGUCAACUGAGGUGUGUCGCCAAAUGUGUCAUCGACGAUAAGCAAUCUUCAAAAUAUUGUGAAGAACAAUGCAAGAAAAAUAUGGCAAAUGACCUUUGCGAUGAUAAGAUUCGAGACAAGAAAAUUUGCUGGGAGACAUGUGAUGGUAAUAUAAACCAAGGACCAAAACCUGAAAUACCGAAAGAUAUUAAAUGGAUCUAUACACCCUCAUAUUCCAUCAAUAUUACUUGGAUUGGUGAUGGAACAUUGUAUUUGUUGAAAAUGAUCAAAAAAGUUGGGGACAAUGAGUAUAGCUAUCAUUUUCUUACAACAACAACAUCACAGCUAAAUUAUACGAAAUCUGAAACAAAUUUUUGUAAUCCAUUGCUAUUCCAACUUGCAUCAGUAACAACUGCAGGAAUUAGCAAUUUUAGCAAUGUGCAAGAAAUACCCGCAAGUUCACCUGAAAUUAUAAAAAAUUUAACUGUCAGAUCUAUGGAAUAUAUUAAUCAAUCAUUCAGCGAAAGUGGUUAUUACUCUAAUGGAACUAUCAAAUUAAUUUUACAGUAUGCAGCAUCAAAAUAUAAUUGGCCAUUGGGUGAAAAGGAUAUAAAAAUAGAUUUACUCUUCCAUAUGGUUAGCUGUAAUAUUCCCGAUUUAUCGAAAGCAGUACCAGCUCCAGAAUUCGAAAGAAGUGAAGAGCCACGAACUUUGAUUGCUGAAUUUGGCGCUGAUUUAAUGUAUCGCAAAUGUCAAUUCUUGUAUUAUGUUAGUGGAGUUCAGAGUUAUCGUUGUGGUACUACAAAAACAAACAAUGAUUUUAAUCAAAAUUCGAUGAAACCAUUGAAAAUAAAUUGUGCUACCGUACUGAAUAGUCCAUGUGAUGAUAAACCGUUGACACAUCAUCCACCAAUGUGCGGUCAAGUAGAAGGAUUUACCUAUAGUAUUCUCAACGAUCAUAUUAAUCCGGAUGACGUAAAUAGCAAUAUAACUGUCAACGUGACAUUCCGGUCCACGUUAAUGAACAAAAAACCACUUUAUUUUGUGGCUUUUUAUGGUGAUGCUGAACCAUUUAAUCGAGAAAUUGAUGUAGAAUUGCUUGGUGUUAAUAUGCGCCAUAUUUUGGGUAAUGCAACAAAUUGUCCAAAAUUUAACAGUAAUGGCACAUGUGCGGCAAAAUUGAACCUCGUAAAUGCAUCGAUAAUAAUAACAAAUUUACAAAUGAAUAAAUUAUACGGUGUGACAAUAUGCGCUGUUAUCGACCCUCAUAAUUUGACAUACCCAGAAGUAAGCGGUGUUGCACUGGGCAUGAAGUCAAAAGCUAAUAGAAUAUUUAUUGAUUCUGCAGCAUUUAAAAAACAACGUCCAGGCUUAUUAACAGGACUUAUUGCUGGCAGUACGGCAACUCUGUUAUUGCUUCUUGUUGGCACAUUUAUUUGGAUUCAGCGAAAACAAAAUGCUAAAGUGAAAAUGCAUCAGCUAAAGCUCGAACAAAUGAAAUACAACAACGAUUUAAGAUAUACUAAUUUACCAAAAAAACAAGAUAUAUGGGAAUUGGAGCGUCGAAAUCUCAUUAUUUACGAUGAUCAAAAGCUUGGUUCGGGUGCAUUUGGAUCAGUUUAUAAAGGUCGAUUGAUUGGUAUUGCAAAAGGGAAUAAAAAUGCUCAGUCUACCUUGGGUAUUAAUCUGAUGAGAGCCGAGAAUUGUGAUGUCGCAGUGAAAAAAUUGCUAGAAUAUGCUGAUCAACUAUCGAAAAGUGAAUUCCUGAAUGAAAUUUCAUUGAUGAAAACAUUGGGUUAUCACGAACGAUUAGUCAAUAUGUUGGCAUGUAUCACAGAAACAGAACCUUACUGCUUAAUUGUUGAGUACUGUUCAGAUGGCGACUUGCUACAUUUCUUGAGGAAACGAUGUGCUUAUAUGAUAAAGCUUACCGAAAUGGGUAUCGAUUAUGAUGAACCAAAUUUGAAUGAAAAGAUUGAUCAGGAUUUAGUGAUAACACUUAAACAAUUAUUAAUGUUUGCUGUACAAAUUAGCUAUGGCUUGGAAUACCUUAGUCAGAAAGGUUUUGUGCACCGCGAUGUCGCGGCACGUAAUAUAUUGGUGCAUGAUAAGACAAAUGCAAAAAUUGGUGAUUUUGGCUUGUGUCGAUACAUUUAUCGUGAUUCUGCCAACUAUAAAAGUAAGGGUGGACGAUUACCGGUGAAAUGGAUGAGCCCAGAAGCUAUCAAACACUAUGAAUUCACUAUGCAGUCAGAUGUUUGGUCAUUUGGCAUAUUAAUGUUUGAAAUUGUUACACUUGGCGGUUCACCAUAUCCAGGCAUACAACCGGAUGAUAUUUUGGAUCAUUUGGAUGCCGGUGGACGAAUGGAUCAACCGGAUAACUGCCCUAAUAACUACUAUGAAGUAAUGCGUAGUUGUUGGGCACAAGAACCAUCGAUGAGACCUGAUUUUGGGACUAUUCGACAAAAAUUAGCUAGCCAAUUGGAAGAUAUCACAGAUCAGUAUUCAUAUUUAAAGCUAGAUAAUCAACGGGAUUAUUAUAAUGUAGUAUAUGAUACAGAUAUUUUGAAAGAUACUAAAGGAACGGUGGAAAACGAUUCGGAAGCUGAGAAAUUUGAAGUUGAAAGGAUGAAAAGGAAAGAUAUACUCGAUAAUGCUCUUUCGAUCGAUGUACAGGAAGAUCACCGUGAUAAGACAUCAUCGCUGCCAUACAGUACUGAAACUGUUAGGGAUAGAAAUGUUAUCAGUAAUGGAUCAUAG